AUGGCGGAGAAGCAGAAAAGGAUAGAGAAGACGCGAGAAGGAGUUCCCAUUUGGGAUGGAGAUGCCGGAACAUAUCAGGAGUUUGAAGAGAGCGCUUUGCUGUGGGAGCAAUCCAUAGCGAUGCACAAGCGCUACUUGUGCGGCCCGAGGCUUCUCACAGAGCUGACGGGCACUGCUCGCAGGUUCACUGUGGGCAAGCAUCCCGAAUGGCUCUCCUUCAAUGGAGGCGUGCAGCGGCUUCUGACGUACCUGAGGUCAAACUUGGGCCUUCCACAGAUGCCUGAACUGACGGAUCAUUUGAGCCGUUACUUCCGGCAGUCCAGGCGCAAGAAGGGGGAGACCAUGAAUGAGUACGUCACUAGGAAGUCAGAACUGUAUGCAAGAGCUAGGCAAGGACUUCACAGGGUGAUGUCUCACUAUGAGAAAAAGAAGCCAGCGUGGGAGAAGAGCUACGGCGGCUAUAGCCGUCCGGGGUCCACCGACCCUUGGGCCAACUACAGGAGGACACCCUCCCUGGCUGGCAGUCAGAACCUGAGUGCUGAGGAGAUUCAGGAUGAUCGGGAAGCGCUUGCUCGACCUGAUGAUCAAGCUCCACCGAGGAUGCAACCGAGGAGCGAAGCUCCACUGGUCCAGGUCCUUCAGGAGACUCCUGGAGUUACCCGGACUGGUGGUCAAAUGACUGGUGGAAAUGCCGACUGGAAUGUGGAAGCCCCUGAACUACUACCAGAGUAUGUCCAGGGCUGGUACCUCUUGUUUGAUUCUGGCCUGGACACCAACGAGCGCAACAUGGUCGUGGCAGCCCUGAAGGGCGACUUCACUAUGACCCGAGUGGCACAGGAGCUACGCAGCCAGUGGACUGAUGAGGACUUGCGUCGUCGAGAUGCAGCCAAUCGUCACUCCAGCUGGUGGGUGGAUGAGAAUGAAGAGGCCGAGUCUGAGGACUAUGACACUGCCUGGGUUGCCCAGGCUCACCGCAACUUCAAUGACGAGGGCCUCGCACUCCUGGGUGAAGCUGAAGAUGUGGCUCAAGAAGCCCUAGCCAUGAUGGAGCGCGGGCGUCGCACCUUGAAAGAGGCCAGACAGAAACAACAUCAGGUGAGGAUGUCUCGGAAGUACUACCGCACCAACUUCAAGCCCUCUGGAAGCACUUCGGCUGUAGCUUCUGGCACAGAUCAAAAGUGCUUCCGAUGUGGUGGUCCUCACAAGACUUCAUCAUGUCCAAAGGCAAUGGCAACAACGACAGCCUCUUCAGCCGAAGAGCAGGCUGCACCUUUCAUCUGUUUUGCACAAGGCCAGAUCACCAAGGACCAUGAGAUUGUGGACCCCUAUGUCCCGGACGACCACGAGGUGAACUACCUGGAUGCUGGGUUCUCCGAUGCUUGCCCAGAGGCCUUCUUUGAUGUUGCCGACACCAGCAGCAUAGGGCCUAUCUCCACUCAGAUGGCCGUCGAGCAAGGCAAGGCUGUCGUUGAUGGAGGGGCUACAAAGACCCUUGGCAGCGUGGUGGCCCUCGAGAAGAUCAUUGCCCUCAACAAGUACAAGCAUGGGACUUCUCGCCUGGCCGACCUUGACUUGGAGAACAAGCCUACGUUUGGUUUUGGAAAUUCAUCAAAGAACCAGUGCGUGUCCACAGCCUCACUCGAGGUUCAAGCCGAUGGCAAACCUGGACAAGUACAAGUACAUGCGUUGGAUGCGGGAGCAGGACCUGUGCUGUUCUCCAUUGAGUCCUUACGGGCCUUGGGAGCAAUCAUCGACUUCUCCGAGGACAUGGUCGUCUUCCGCAAGAUCAACCCGUCCAAGAUCAUCAAGAUGGAACGUUCGGCCACUGGCCAUCAGCUGCUGCCCAUGACUCAGGAUUGGUACAGUGAUGCUCAGAGCACUGCACAGCCAGAAUUGGUGGAAGAGCUCCUGAUGACCUUUGGCGAAACAGCUCCAAAACAGUGGAGCAUCAUGGAGAUCGAGAGUCGCCUUUUGGAACUCAAGGAAGCCAACGGGAUGACCACUCAGAAAGGGAAGGUACGGCCACCGAUGCGCCAUGCCAUGAUCGAGCUGAACAAGGCCAGCAAGAAGAAGUCCGACCUUGUGGACUACGUGAACAACAAGCUCAUGGUGAAGACCCGUGGCACCGAGACCAUUCAGGAGCUGCAGCGCUUGGGCACCAAGAAGAUCUACCAGACCACAGCCGCCUCUCCGGAGGAUCCUGUGGGGUUCGGGGAACACUGCAGUCUGCAGUACCACGAGCUUCUAGCCCAACACCCACAGUAUGCCAGCUGGGUCGUGAAGACCGCCAACGAGGGGGAAUGCGACUACCGCCUGGCCCGUCUGGCCAAUUGGCUCCAGAGCCCAGAGGCACAGCAUCCGAUGCCGACCUACAAGCAGACCUCCAGCGGCUACAAGAACACAUCGACGCCGGCCAGCGGCUCGAAUGGCAAGACCGAGAACAUGAUGAUGCAGAUGAUGCAGAUGAUGCACGCCCUCAAGGAGGACGUGGACAAUCUGAAAGCCGAGAGGCCUCACAAGAAGGUCGAAGCAUCCAGUGUCUCCGAGAUGACAGAGUCAUCCACAGGCUCUUUCGUGCCGAUCCCACAAUUGAUUUCGAAUGCCUUUGAGGCCCUGCUAUCACACCAGCGCAUAGAGCUGCUGGAAGUGGCAUGUUCGGCCGACAGCGUGCUGUCUCGCACCAUGCAACAAAAGAAAGGUGACGAGGGUGCGGUGGGCAUUUGUGAACAGGCUAUUCAGGGUACCAAGACUCUCAUGAACAAAAUAGCUGAAGAUGACCCAGAAGUCACCGCAGCAGAAGCUCUGGCUGAAGCCACUAGGACCUUUAAUAGCCGAGAAUUGAUCCGAGGCUAUUCGCCCAUCCAACAUGCCCUUGGCCGCGCGCCUGAUGCCACCGGGCGACUUUUCCCGUGCGGCCCAAGUGAAUGUCCAGAGCUGCUGGUAGAGAACGCCUCUGGUGAGAUGGAUCGCCAGCUCCAGCGAAUGCAAAGUACGGAAAAGACCUUCCUUGAAUGGACGGCAAGCCAGAGACUCCAAAAAGCCAAGAACUCAAAACCCAGAGAUGUCACCAACUAUGAGCCAGGAGACCUAGUGUAUGUGUGGAGAAAGCAAGUGAGCGGCCAAGCAGCCAUUAAAGGUGGCUCGUUUGUGGGGCCAGCCCGCAUCCUGGCGGUGGAGCAACAUCGCUCUCCCGACGGGACCCACAAGCAGGGCAGCUCAAUUUGGUGCGUCAGAGGGAGAAGACUUCUCAAGUGCUCCCCAGAGCAACUACGUCGAGCCUCCGAGCGGGAGGUCCUCUUAGAGGAACUACAUGCCAAACAAUACGAUGACUGGGACUUUGAUAGAGUAGCUCAACAACUUGGAGGGAACGAGUUUCUGGACGUGUCCACCGAAGCCAACAGGGCGAUCCAGGAGUCCAACUUCCAGGUCUACGCCUUCUACAUCCUCAGGAGCACCCGUGUCACAGAGGAAGUGUUCGCAGUCACCGAGUGCACCUUCUGGAUGGAUGAGACCGCGGCCGUGGCCGUGGAGGUUCCCAUGCCAGACACACGUGCUGGAUCUGAACGAGCUCUUCGAGAUCUCCCUUCUUACUUUGCCAGUAGCUUGAAGAAACGGUCAGCAGUUGAAGUCUGUGAGCGUCACCUAUCUGAGGAAGAGCGACAACAGUUCCGAUCUGCAAAGGCCGUGGAAGUGAGUAACUUCAUAGCUGCCAAGGCUUUUGAAGCCCUUCCAGAGAAACUUCGCCCAGCACGCGAACAAGCAGUGAAGAUGCGUUGGAUACUGACAUGGAAGCAGAAGGAGGAUGGCAGCCGAAAGGCGAAAGCCAGAGCCGUCCUCUUAGCAACGACUUCUCCAACCACGACUCGCCAGACCAGGCAACUGCAGAUGCAAUUAGCCGCUUCAUAUCGCCACAAGAUGCGAAAAGGUGAUGUGACAGGUGCUUUCCUGCAAAGCAGGCCAUACCCUGAUGACCUUUUUUGUAUACCAUGCCCAGAGAUCUGUGAAAGGAUGGGACUCCCAGCAGAGUCAAUCACCAAAGUGAAGAAAGCCUGCUAUGGCUUAGUUGAUGCGCCACUGGAAUGGUAUCGUUCCAUUUCCGAUUUCUUUGCAAAACUCGGAUUGCAAAAAUGCUGGAGUGACGCAUGCUGCUGGGUUUAUGUGGUUGAUGGGGAGUCUGAGAAAACACAGCUUAGGGCCUUGCUGGGAGGGGUCUCAUGGCACGCACAACAAGUUGCGCCCCACUUCAGUGCUGAAGUUGGCUUGCUGUUGUCAGAGGUGAACAAGAGUACUAUAGAGACCAUUUACAAGGCUAACAGGAUCUGCCGCAGCCCCGGAGCAGCAGAAGCAGCAGCAGCAAACAACGGAGAAGAUCUCCUCUUUUUUGCGAGAUUCCAACUGGCAGAAAUGAUGGGAGCUCAGGUCAAUGUGAGAGACAUCAACAGUGUCGUCAACCAGAUCAGUGGAUGCCUGGUUACUGACUCCAGGAAUGUGUACGACAAGUUAGAGACCGAGGUCUUGUCCGUGAAGGGCGCUGAGAAGAGAACAGACCUGGAGUUACUCUCCUUGAAAUCUGCCCAGAUUCGCAAUGCUGUGGAGAUUAGAUGGGUUCAUAGUGAAGCUCAGCUAUCAAACGGGCUGACCAAGAGCAACGAGCACAAGCAACUGCACCUGUUCUACCGCAUGGGCCACAAGUGGCGCAUAGUCGAAGAUGAAGAAAGAGCGUCAGCUCGGAAAAGGAAGCUGCUAGGCCUGGAGCCUCUUGAAAACAGAAAGAGUCAAGGGCCAGAAACCGAGCCGGAGACACCAUGGAAACCCACGGAAUGA